UCCUCUCUGAUUGGUCCGUUCUGGUUUAUUCUGUUCUCUGAUUGGCUGCAGACCAUAGCAACAAACGCCAUGUUGUUUUUAUUUUUACAAGUCGACUAGAAUCUGAAGCUUCUUUACGACAUUAAUACACCGAAAACCCUUGUUUUUAAUAUGAAGUAUAGACGGAUUACAGCAGUAAUUAUAGUCGACUCAUCGCUUGACUUUGUCAGCGCCUCCUAGAGGUCGUUCGGAGCCGGUUUGAUGAGCCUCGGGUCGUCGUAGUUUUAGAUCUUUAGAGAUCAUGGAGAAGGUGGAGGUGUUUGAGGUUGUGAAAGUGACCGAGGAGGUGGAGAGCUACUACAGCCAGAUGGAGGGGACGACCCCCAAAAAGAGGAAGAGCAAAGCUCAAGAAGACAGUGUUGAGAAACCCAAGAAGCCCAGGUCUGCCUACCUGCUGUACUACUUUGAUGUCCAUCAGAUUAUGCAACAGGAAAUCCCCAAUCUACCACAGUCCGAGAUCAACAAGAGAAUCAGUGAGAGCUGGAGAAGACUCAGCGUGGCUGAGAAAGGCUACUAUCUGGAGAAGGCCAAGUCUGAGAAGGAGGGCAUAGACACAUCAUCUCCCAGCCCCUCCAAAGACCUGCCAGGCUUCCGCAAAAUCCUCCCCAGAGCCAGUUACUUCCUCGUGUCUAAAGGCUGCUCCUCAACUCAGCAGCUGGGAGGCUCUCAGCCAGAGGUGAGCGUGGAGUCUCUGGACUCUCCGGCGGAGGGAGGCCUGCCUUCCGUCUCUCUCACCCAAGUGUCCCAGUUCACAACUCUCGGGUUGGACAGCGAGGUGGAGCUUUCUGAGGAGCCCAUUGUUGUCGACGACAUAGCAGAGGAAACGGAAGUGACGUCUAAUCCCGCGGCUCCCAGAGGAAUCCCUCCCUCUUCCUCUGCCUCCACAGAUGCCAGCGUCUCACAGGGCUCUGCUGGCCUCACAGCAAACGGGGUCACGCUGAGAGGAAAUGAGGCGAGACUUGCCGGUAGUGGUUAUUACGGUGGGGCGAUGGUGCAGCAGAUACAGGGGGAAACGACACAGGUGGUCGCCAUCGUGCCCACCCAGAACCUGCUAGAGCCCAAGUCUUUGCCAGGUGUCAGCUCUGUGGGCCCGCUGAUGAUGGUCUCUGUAGGAGCCAGCACAGAACUAAGUGCCAAACCUUCCUAUAAAAUGUCUGUGAAGACGUACACCCGGAGAGGUCGAGGGAGGUGUCUAGAUCCUGGAUGUUCGUUUGUGUAUGUGACCCGCCACAAGCCGCCAAAGUGUCCUGAAUGUGGGAGCCACUUGGGUGGAAAGUGGAUACCUGCUGCAAAGAAGACACAAGAGAAAGAAGCUGCGUCUAAACAGUUGUCACAGAAAGCUGAAACCGAGACCGAUGAAAGCUGCCGACCCACAGCUCCCCCGGAUCAGGAGGGGAAUGCUGAUGUCGGUAAAACAAACACCACCGGGAGCAAAAAAGAAGGCCACGUUCAACGGCGCUCCAGAAAGCAGCGUGCAGUUCCAGCUGGAACGCCACCAGAGGGCAGCAGCACCAAGCAGCAGGAACAAACAGAACUGAUGAAAGACGACGACCUUCAGGGCGCGACAGUCCAAGGUCAAGACAGAAGCCAUGCCAGUGUUCAGAAGAGGCCUGUGAGGCCCAUCCUUCCUGCCUACUAUAACACAAGCCGUGCUUUGUUCCAGAUCAUAACUGUCCCACCUGACAAAGGAAAGUUUCAGACGGCAAACAACAACAACAACAAAUCAUCCGGCGUGCCUCCAGACAGUCUCUCAGGUCUCAAACCAAGCACUUUGAAGCAGCUCGGCCAGACAGUCCCGACAACCGCAGCCAAGCAGGAUUCUUCUGUCCCAGCAGAUGGAAACCAGCCGGUGUGUUCUCUGGCUGAUAAGAGAGUCAAUAUCGUGUCAUUCGUGCCUUUCAAACAACACACCGUCUCCAGCUUUGUCGAUUUGGGGCUUUCUACAGCACGAGGAAGGGGUCGGUGUAAAAACCCGUCCUGUGACUACAUGUACAAGAACAGACACAAACCGGCAGUGUGCCCUAAAUGUGGCUGUGAGCUGACCCAGAAGAACGCCAAGGGAGCAAAGUCUGGAACUCUGCUCGAUCCGCACCAGGCCCUGAGUCCCGCUCAGAAGGACGUCCAGCGCCAAAAUACCCUGCAGCUGCUGCACCGUUCCCUGCAGAUUCCCGAGAGCGAGACUGAGCUCCAGGAAACGUUGACCCUCAUCCAGGAGCUCAACAGCCUCCAGAUCAUCUUGGUCCAGCCGUGUGGCCAGGAGCACAAGGGCAGCGUGGAGACGGAGACGCUGGUAGAGUCUGGGUGGCCUCAGUUCUAUGAAUCAGCGGCUACUCACUGUGGCCUGUGUAACUUCCCUCUCUUCAAAGGAGAUCAGAGUACCGUCGCAGGACAGGAGGACUGCUGGCUGCUUACUCAGACGCUGAUCCAGACAGCCACUCUUCAGCUCAAGGUGUGUCUCAACGUUCAGUGUCUGGCUCUGCACAGCUUCACUGACCUGCAUCCAGGUUUGUUCAACAUUGGGAACAGACUGCUAGUUAGUAUCGACCUGUUUCUGAAGAUCAGGGCUGGUAUCAAACUGGGCCAACCCCCUCCUCAGGCAGCCAGGACCGUACUAGACCACACCCCCAAUCACCCUGUCCACGCUCUGAGUCCGGAGGAGUUGUCUCACAUUCAAGAGCUCCUCCUGAGUGGCUACUGGGCCUUUGAGUGUCUGACUGUGCGUGAUUACAACGACAUGAUCUGCGGCGUCUGUGGCGUUGCUCCCAAACUGGAGAUUGCACAGCGAUACGCGAACAACGUACUGGAGCUGAAGAAUGUGGAGUUUACCUGGCCUGAGGUUUCAGUCUCCGAUGAGGUGCACGUGGACGACUUCUGGCUGACCAUGGAAAGCGAGGCUAUCGAGCAAGCGACUUUCCCCACCGACAUCCCGAUCACACGAGUGGACGCUUCUAUCAUCGCUCCCUUCAUUCCCCCACUGAUGAGGAGUCCCACCGUCAUCAACACGGAGAAGGACAAGGUCCCGUCACACACCGAGCAGCCCUCAGGAGAUCCAUCAGCGUUGGUGCGUCUCAUCCAUGAUGGUCAGCUGAGACUCGACAAGAUUGAAGAUCACAGCGAGGACGAGCUGAGAACAAUACUGGAGCGCUGCGGGGCGAGCAUCACCCCAGACUCCACUAAGAAUGAGCUGCUGGCCUCCCUGAUCUCCUUGUACACACUCGUCCAUGGUGGCCUCUCCACGGCCCCACAGCCCCCUCCACACACCACCGCCGGCAAGCUGUCCAAGGUCUGCCCCCAUAAGGUGGUGUGCGGCUCUAAGUGCCUGGUGAGAGGAGAGACGGCUCGAGACCACGUAGACCUUCUACUGUCCUCCCGCUACUGGCCCCCGGUCUACGUCAGCGACUGCGCCCGUCAGGUGGCGCUCUGUGCCGACAUGCAGUACCCGGAACAGGCGACCCAGAUGUGGGGCAGGAACCAGGGCUGCUUCUCUGACCCUUUCGAGAAGCCAGAGUUUGUAUCGUGCGCUGAGCUACAAGACCAGCCGUACAGCGCCGACCUGUCUUUGGUGGCAGAGAACCAGCAGGUCCACCCAAUCACCAAAUCAUCUAGUUGCUGGCUGGUUCAUCCUCCCGGAGCAGCCCAGGAGGAGCCCUCUGCUCUUCCUUCAGAGCACCACUCGAUGGUCCUCUGCAGAGAUCUGGAGCCCUACGUCAGCCCGACGGCCGAGCUGGAGAAAGAGGAGGAGGAUGACGAGGAGGCGGAGCAGAAAGAGCAGACGGACGGAGCCGAGAACGACUCUGCAGAGAACUCGGAGGACUGUUACUCAGUGAGCCGUGCGCGGCGGCAACCCGUGGUUUUCAACAACACAGCUUAUUACUACCUUUACAACCGUCUAGUGGAUUUCCUCACCAGCAGAGACAUCGUGAGCCAGCAGAUCAACCAGGUGGUGAAGGCCUGCCAGCCCGGGGAGGUGGUGAUCAGGGAUGCUCUCUACCGACUGGGAGUGGCACAGAUCAACACGGAGAAAGAGGAGGAUGAGGGAAGCGGGGCGGAGUGGCAGACACAAGACGGAGGGACGGAGACGAAUGAGGUUGUGCUUCCUGAAUAGAAAUGUUGAGAACAGACGAUCAGCAUGCAGGCAGAGGGACGGACUGAAUGUAAAGAUGGCUGCAUGCAAAGAUAAUAAGAGACGGCCGUGAGGAGAGAUGCAACCAGGAGGACCCGAGAAGAUGGAAGUGACACGGUGCUAAACACAAGUACCUUACUCUUAGACUAGUAGAGGGGUCAGCAACCUGCGUCUCUUCAGCUCCUCUCCAGUGGCUCCCUGUGGACUUUUAAAAAUGGAAAUGUAUAACUGUUUUCUGUUUACAUUUUCAUUUUUAUUUAUCAUUGUUGUAGGUCUAUG